AUGGAGAAAGCGUUCUGCGUACUUGUUACUUUGCUUGCUUCAAUGCUCAUUUGCAAUGGAUCAUCCUAUGCCCGACAUGUUAUUUCGACAGUGUUCCCGAAACUUGUAGAGCCGCGAAGUUCAACCGGGGAACUCACAUUGAUAAUACACGCUGGUCUCGUACUUAAGUUGCGCAGAAUUUCCGUCUUUGCGGAUAACUUUCAAGUUACCACAUAUUCAGACAAUUACAAGAUUGUUGAACAGAAUUCCGCAAAACUCCAAAGAGAAUUGUACCACGAUCCAGAACAUGAAGCUGCCCUCGUAAUUGAAUUUAUAGAUGACGGCAUACAGGUGAUUGGAAUCCUGGGAGACACACUGCGUGUGAGGCCCUCGUCUAUGGCAGAGAGAAACUUGGACGGCCAUGUGGCACACGAACUAUUUGAAAUACCAGUACGGAGUGCUCAAUACGACAAUCCCGAUAAAGCCGCGUUUCAAACUCGCCAUUUGAAUGGAAUCUUGGAAUCUCGGAUGGCUGCUAAGUCGCGCAAAGAACUAUUGACAAUAACCCCAGAGGUGCAUAUUAUGGUCGACACCACACAUUCCUCCCAGUUCGACAGUCAGAACAGAACGAUAGAUUAUCUCGCUGUAUUUUUCGCAUUUGUAAACAUGAAAUUCAAGACACUCUCAAGGAGUAAACUGGAUGUACAGCUCGUGUUAUCACGACUCACAAUCUUUAGGAACGGAAAUGAAAGCUUUGUACAAAAGCCCGAUGACCGCCAAGACAUUAUGCUCAUGCGAACCUUGGAAACAUUGAAAUAUUUCGUUGGAAACAAUACACAGAAUUUUAGAAAGGAUGACUUGGUAGUACUACUAACAGGAUGCGACCUUGCUCAGAUGGAUGAUAAAGGAGAACUCUUCCUGGGAGUAACGGGUUUCGCCUACGUUGGAGGAGCUUGCAGCGCUGAUAAAGUGGGCAUCGUGGAAGACAUGAAUAAAAUGUUCGACGGUGUGCAUUCAUUUGCACAUGAAGUUGGACACCUACUUGGAAUGGUUCACGACGAAGAAGAUCCUCCUGAAGAACUGCCGGGGAGCCCUGGUGGUAAAGGAUGCUAUGCAUCGGCGGGAAACAUUAUGUCUCCAUCACAAACUUUAACAAGUAAUCACAAAUUCUCCGUAUGUAGUGCCGAACAGAUUCGAGUAUUCGUAAACAGUCAAAAGCGGAAAUGUCUUAAAAAUCAGCGUCCAAGGCACACCUCUAAUCUUCAUGUAACUAAGAUAACGACGGAGCAGGUUUCACCACAAGAUUUCUGUGAAAGAAAGCACCCAGAACUUUCAAACGUUCGCUAUCAAAAGGAAAUGUCUGAGGGUGGCUCGACAUUCAGCAUCAAGAAAUGCCAGAUUGUAUGCCUAGAUGAGUCAACGAAUAAUUUCGAAGUUCAUGAUGCUCCAGAUAGUACUCCUUGUGAUGACAAUAGAGAUAUAAAGAUGUGCUUGAACAAACAGUGCACAAUUCCAAAGAACAUUACUACUUUCCCUAAGAAAACCUACUAUACGAGCUCAUAA